AGCCUUUUGUUUUCGACAGCACCUCGCACCAUCGAAGACACCACCUCGCGCCAUCUUCGACCCAAUGGCUCCAAAGCUGACGGUACUUUUUGUGCUCCUCGGCCUUGUGGAGGCGCGACAUUGCUUGUACGACAACAAGGGAUCCCUCUCGGCCUGUGGGCGCGGCUGCGCGAUGCGGCCCGAUAGCAACAUUUGCGUCUCUGGCUGCCUCUCCACCAGGGGCGUGAGCCGUGGCUGUGCCACUUGCUUGGGCAACGGCUUCCAAUGCGCGGUCCGCGUGUGCCGCCGGCAGUGCUCUCAAGGCUUCACGACGCCGACCUGCACUGGUUGCGUUCGUGCAAGCUGCUCGCGCUCGUUGUGCAAGAAUGCUGGGAAGUCGGCACUCGAGGAAGAGCAAUACAACGAGGAGGAGGCCAGCACGAUCUUGGCGGCGGCGGCCUUCCCGGAGCCCAAGGCUGUGGCUGAGGAGCCCAAGCCCAACCAGACGGAAACGGUCGCGAGCGAGACCUCCGAGCGUUCCGGGCGCUGCUGGGAGGACCAAGUCUCUCUCAAGGCCUGCGGGACUCAGUGCUACAGGAACCCCAACCGUGGACAGUGCGCUCGCACGUGCCUGAGGGGUCGUGGCAUGAGCAGCAAUUGCGCCAACUGCUUUGGUGACAAGGUGGAUUGCACCAUCCGCAAGUGCUUGUCCCAGUGUGCCUCCGACUCCCAGUCCUAUGCUUGCACGUCAUGCGUCCGCGGGAAGUGCGGUCGCUGCGCCAUGGAGAAGUCCUUGGAGAAGUCUUUGGACUCAGAUCCUUCGGAGGGGUCUUGGUUUGACCACAUGAUGGAGCAAAUUCACAACUUGCAGAAGGAGAAGAAGGAGAAUCACACUGCAACACCAGAGGCCGAGGCAGUUCAAGAGGCCAACGCCAUCUUCCCCUAGAGGGAACGGCGGCAACCGCCUCGUGCGGAAGAAGGAGGACGAGACGGGUGACGACGGGUCGAUGGGUGACUUUUGGCCAGAUUUUUGCACCUUCCAAAUCGAGGUGUUGUGGCAGCUCGUGCGCUCAAGCCGCACCAAUAGAGUGUGGCUUGGAUCCAGGUCAAGCAUGGAGCUUAAAGCUGGCGCGUGAGGUAUGACACAGAAAGAUGGAC